AUGUUCCGCUGCGUACUCGUUCCCAAGCAAUUGUGUGCGGAAAAGGGGUCGAAUGUGAGACAAGAUGACUGUAUUGAGGUGGAAAUCGUAUACACCAAACGAUCAGAGGUCAAAGGUUUGCGUCAGUUUCUGAAGCGUCGAGUAAAGUUUCUUGACGAAACCGGUGUCACUCCUGAAUUCGGGAUUUACGAUGAGCAUAAGGUACGUUCCAUAAUUAUAUACGUUGUCUUGAACAGUAGUAGACUCAUACUAGAAUCAUAUUCGAAGCAACGGAAGUCGAGGUAG